AUGGAGGCAUGGUGGAAUGCGCUGGAUUUUGGCAGACGGAAGAAUGCUGCUUCCCCUUCAGGCGAGGGUGAGGAAAUAGCAGCAGGCAGGCUACACGAUGUGGUGGUAGCUGACGAGAGCCCUGUCAUAAUGGUCGAGAACGGUUUGCCAGAGGAGGAAGGACCCGAGGCCAAUGAGAAUGGCGCGCCGCCAUUCAAUCCCAGGCUCUUCCGACCGGCAUCGACGAAUAUUGAGGUAUUGCGCCAACUAUCGAGAGACGGGAGGGAGGAGACUUUGAGGGCGGAGGCCGAGGAAGAGGCCAUGGGAAGGGAGAAAAUCGUUUGGGUCUUCUGGGGAAUGGAGGUGUUGCGAACAGUGAAAACAAGGAAGUGCCUGAGGAUGGCAGUUCAGCAUCGACCGUUACUCAGGCUUCAGAAAUGGGGACAGUCGACGCGGUGGCACAAACUAACGAGGAGAAGAAGUGACAACCGAAUCUUGCUCAUUGCAUCCACGACAUGGUGUCCAGUGUACUGCGAGUGGAGGAAUCAGUACCUCCAGCUAAUCAUUGCAUUAUCGUUCAGUGGAUAUCUCACGUACAACUCAUGGUAG